GGCACACGCUGGAAUUGUUGACGUAUAGCGUAUGGUUUAUGAAGUCACUCCAUGUUUCUUAAGGUGAUCCAUUGUGAAUUCAUCCCAUGAAUUUUAGUAAAAUCAACCUAUUUGUCGUGUAUAUACUAAUUAUUAGCUUAUGAGGACUUUAACGAUGAUGAAUCAACCUGUUCCAUUCCAUAAACCAAAUAAAAAUGUGGAGAGUGAUUCGACAAGCCUACUUUAGAACUUGGAGCGCGAACGACAAACUCACAAUAAGCAUAACACAAAGUCUCUUGUAUCAACUCUCCGGGCAGGCUGCAUCUGCAUGCACGCGACAUGCUAAAAUGGGAAAGGAGAGGAUCUCCAGGAUUAGGAGCUGCAAAAUCGUGGUUGACCUUGAAACCACGGAGACAUUCUUGGGGGCGACACGAGCACGACACGACUCAGACUCGCACCGGAGAGAGCGCGCGCAUGGCGACCAGCAUGCGUCCGUCGAUUUAGGACAGGACGGCAUCUUCCCAAUCGCGCACCACCACCACCAUUGCCGCCGAGCCCGGACCUUCGAUUCCCCAGUUUAAGUGAUAGCUGCUCCGGCCUUGACGCAUUCUUCUUUGGCCGCGCCAAGGACCAACCGGAGGGGGCUUGCUCGCCGCACCUCCCCUCUCUCUCUCUCUCUCUCUCUCUCUCUCUCUCUCUCUCUCUCUCUCUCUCGCCGUCGAGCUGAGAGCGCCGUUCAAGAUAUCACUCGGACUGGUCCGUGACGGUCAGCGACUGGUUGCGUCGCCGCCGGAGCCGUGACCGGGCACAAUAAUGGCGGGAGCCGUGAUCGUGCACCACCACACGAGGUACAAGACGUACCCCGGCGAGGUCACCGGCAUCGUCUUCUUCUCCUGCCUCAUCGCCUCCUUCGCCGGAUGCAUCUUCGGCUAUGACAUCGGCCUCACCUCCGGGUUGACGUCGUCGGAGCCAUACAUGGUCAAGUUCUUCCCGUCCAUCUACGAGGAGAUGAAGAAGCAGGUGGUCGUCAACCAGUACUGCAAGUUCGACAGCCAGAUGCUGACGCUGUUCUGCUCCUCCCUCUUCCUCUCCGCGACGGUGUGCGCCUUCUUCGCCGGCCCAAUGACCCGUUCCUUCGGACGCAAGUGGACCCUGUUCUCCGCCGCGUCCGCGUACGUGGCCGGCGCUUGCAUCGGCGGCGUGUCCGUGAACUUCCCCAUGCUGCUCACCGGCCGGAUUCUCGUCGGCGCCGGCGUCGGCAUCUCCAUUCAAGCGGCUCCGCUGUACAUCUCGGAGAUGGCGCCGGCGCAGCAGCGCGGGAUGCUCAACAUCCUGUUCCAGCUGAUGAUCACGAUUGGGAUCCUGACGGCGAACAUGACCAACUACCUGGGGUCCAAGGUCCCGGGCGGCUGGGGCUGGCGCAUCGCCGUGGCGUUCGGCGCCAUCCCGGCCGCCGUGAUCGCGCUGGGCGCGCUGGCGAUCCCGGACACCCCGACGUCGCUGAUCGAGCGCGGCGACACGGCGACGGCGCGCAAGACGCUGCUCCAGAUCCGCGGCGUCGGCGACGUCCGCGAGGAGUUCGACGACCUGUCGACGGCGAGCGAGGACGCCAAGGCCGUGGAGUGCCCGUGGCGGGAGCUCUUCUUCGGCGGCAAGUACAAGCCGCAGCUGACGUUCGCGCUGCUCAUCCCUUUCUUCCAGCAGCUCACCGGCAUCAACGUCAUCAUGUUCUACGCGCCGGUGCUCUUCAAGACCGUCGGGUUCAAGCAGAACGCCACCCUCGUGUCCUCCGUCAUCACCGGCCUCGUCAACGUCUUCUCCACCUUCGUCUCCACCGUCACCGCCGACAAGGUCGGCCGCCGCGCGCUCUUCCUCCAAGGCGGCACCCAGAUGAUCAUCUCACAGAUCCUUGUGGGGACGUUCAUCGGGCUGCAGUUCGGCAUGAGCGGGACGGGGGACAUCUCGGAGCAGUACGCCAUGUGCAUCGUGCUGUUCGUGUGCGUGUACGUGGCCGGCUUCGCGUGGUCGUGGGGUCCCAUGGGGUGGCUGAUCCCCAGCGAGAUCUACCCGCUGGCCGUCCGGAACGCGGCGAUGAGCAUCACGGUGGCCGUCAACAUGUUCUUCACGGCCUUCAUCGGGCAGAUCUUCCUCACGCUGCUCUGCCACCUCCGCUUCGGCCUCUUCUACUUCUUCGGCGCCUGGGUGCUGCUCAUGACGCUCUUCAUCGCCAUGCUGCUCCCGGAGACCAAGAACGUGCCCAUCGAGGAGAUGGCCCACGUCUGGAAGAAGCACUGGUUCUGGCGCAAGUUCGUCAUCGACACCAGCAAUGACGCCCGCAGCGCCGAGAUGAGGAAGAGGAUAGCACUAGAGAUGAGCUGAUCGUCACCAUCCAUGUUCAUGCAUUCUCCAUUCAUUGCACAUGCACUUCUUUUCUUUUCUUAGGCAGGCAGGUCAAGGAAAUUACAUUCCAUGCAUACACAACACAAGCGCCAAGUAAACUAAACCCAAGUCAAUUAAUUACACACCCUCAAUAGCUAGGAUGCAGAACAUAUAUGAAUGUUUGUUGUAGGUUGAUCAUAAUCCUAGCAUGUCUUGUAACUAGCAAGAUGAUCCGCGCAAAUUGUAAGGAUAUCUAGAUUUUUUUUUUCCAUUCUAACAUUUGAGGUUUUUCUUGAUCGAGUAGUGCAGAUAGUUUUGCUUAUGUGUUUGAAGUAAUUGUUCCCUCCUCCAUAUAUUAUCAUUAAGCAAAUUCUUUGCUUGAAACUA